AUGUGUAGCUCCCGUCGCGGAGAUGGGUCCUUGGGCUCGACUAAUGUCGCCCAUGGUCGUGAGGUGCUGCCGACCAACGUCAAGCCCGUGCAUUACGAUUUGACUCUGGAACCGGACCUGGUUAAAUUCACCUAUGACGGCACGGUGAUCAUUGAUUUGGAUGUGGCCGAAGAUACCAAUUCCAUCUCGCUGAAUGCCAACGAGCUCCAGAUUCACUCCGCCGUGGUCUCGGUGGAGGGUGCGGUCGUGGCCGCCAACCCGGAGGUGACGAUGAACAAGGACGCCCAGGUGGCCACCGUCACGUUUGGCGAGACGAUUGUCGCGGGCAAGAAGGCCCAGCUGAAGCUGGCCUUCACCGGCGAGCUGAACGACAACAUGGCUGGGUUCUACCGCUCGUCGUACAAGACCGCCAAGGGGGAGACCAAGUACAUGGCCACCACGCAGAUGGAACCCACCGACGCCCGCCGCUCGUUCCCUUGCUUCGAUGAGCCGGCCCUCAAGGCCAAGUUCACCGUCACCCUCGUGGCGGACCGGCACCUGACCUGUCUGAGCAACAUGGAUAUCGCGCACGAGAAGGAGGUGCAGGGCGGCGCCAAAAAGGCCGUCACCUUCAACACCUCGCCGCUCAUGUCCACCUACCUGCUGGCCUUUAUUGUCGGCGAGCUCAACUACAUCGAGACCAAGGCCUUCCGCGUCCCCAUCCGCGUCUACGCCACCCCGGACCAGGACAUCGAGCACGGCCGCUUCUCCCUCGACCUGGCCGCCCGCACCCUGGCCUUCUACGAGAAGGCCUUUGACAACGAAUUCCCCCUGCCCAAGAUGGACAUGGUCGCCAUCCCGGACUUCAGCGCGGGCGCCAUGGAGAACUGGGGCCUCAUCACCUACCGCGUCGUCGACUUGCUCCUCGACGAAAAGGCCUCGGGCGCCUCGCGCAAGGAGCGCGUCGCCGAGGUCGUCCAGCACGAACUCGCCCACCAGUGGUUCGGCAACCUGGUCACCAUGGACUUCUGGGACGGCCUGUGGCUGAACGAGGGCUUCGCCACCUGGAUGUCCUGGUACUCGUGCAACACCUUCUACCCGGAAUGGAAGGUCUGGCAGACCUACGUCAUCGACACCCUGCAGAGCGCCCUGUCGCUCGACUCCCUGCGCAGCAGCCACCCGAUCGAGGUCCCCGUCAAGCGCGCCGACGAGAUCAACCAGAUCUUCGACGCCAUCUCCUACUCCAAGGGCUCCUCCGUCCUGCGCAUGAUCUCCAAGUACAUGGGUGAGGACGUCUUCAUCCAGGGCGUCCGCAACUACAUCCACAAGCACGCCUACGGCAACACCCAGACGGGCGACCUGUGGGCCGCCCUGGCCGACGCCAGCGGCAAGCCCAUCGAGCAGGUCAUGGACAUCUGGACCAAGAACGUUGGCUUCCCCGUCGUCACCGUCUCCGAGAACCCGGCCGCCUCCAGCAUCACCGUCAAGCAGAACCGCUUCCUGCGCACGGGCGACGUCCGCCCGGAGGAGGACACCACCCUCUACCCGGUCACCCUGGCGCUGCGCACCAAGCAAGGCGUCGACGAGACCGCCAUGCUGACCGAGCGCGAGACCGAGUUCCCCGUCGCCGACCUGGACUUCUUCAAGCUCAACGCCGACCACUCCGGCAUCUACCGCACCUCCUACACGCCCGAGCGGCUCAGCAAGCUCGGCCAGGCCGCCAAGAACGGCCUGCUGACCGUCGAGGACCGCGCGGGCAUGAUCGCCGACUCGGGCGCCCUGGCCGCCUCGGGCUACCAGCUCACCUCGGGCCUGCUCUCCCUGCUCAAGAGCUUCGACAGCGAGUCCGAGUUUGUCGUCUGGAACGAGAUCCUCACGCGUCUCGGCAACCUGCGCGCCGCCUGGCUGUUUGAGGACCACCAGACCCGGGACGCCCUCAAGGCCUUCCAGCGCUCCCUCGUCAGCGCCAAGGCCCACGAGCUCGGCUGGCACUUCUCCGCCGACGACGACCACAUCCUGCAGCAGUUCAAGGCCCUCAUGUUCGGCGCCGCGGGCAUGGCCAACGACCCCGUCGUCGUCCAAGCCGCCCAGGAGAUGUUCGCCCGCUUCGCCGCCGGCGACCUCGACGCCAUCCACCCCAACAUCCGCGGCAGCGUCUUCAGCAUCGUGCUCAAGAACGGCGGCGCCAAGGAGUACGACAUCGUGCUCGACCGCUUCCGUCACGCCGCCACCUCCGACGAGAAGACCACCGCCCUUCGCUGCCUCGGCUCCGCCGAGGACCCGGCCCUGAUCCAACGCACCCUCGCCCUCGCCAGCAGCGACGAGGUCAAGAACCAGGACAUCUACCUGCCUCUCAGCGGCCUGCGCAGCCACGCCGCCGGCGUCGACGCCCGCUGGACCUGGCUCAAGUCCAACUGGGACGCCAUCUUCAAGCGUCUCCCGCCCUCCCUCGGCAUGCUCGGCACCGUCAUCCAGAUCACCGUCUCCAGCUUCUCCACCCCGGCUCAGCUGAAGGAGGUGGAGGCAUUCUUUGCCGAAAAGGAUACCAAGGGCUUUGACCGUGCCGUCGAGCAGAGUCUCGAUACUAUCCGCGCCAAGAUCUCGUGGAUCGAACGUGACGGUGGUGAUGUCGAGAACUGGCUCAAAACCAACAGUUUCCGUGAGAAGCUGUAG